GACGAACUUCCUGCUCACAUUUUGUAGGAAGGUUUUAAGUCCUCUUAUUGACGGCUGUGUUUGCUGCCGUCCAGCCGUCGGAAAAGACGCGGUCUUGGAGGCGCAAUGGAACGGAGGGGCAGAUUAUCAGAGGGGAGACAGCAGUCACACAGUUAGAUAAGAAGAGUGACUACAAUCGCUGUUUACUCUGCGUUACGCCUAGCCCAAGGACGUACGAGGAAGGCGAACACGGGAGAGACUGAGAAGGUGGAGGAGGAGGAGGAGGCGGCGGCGCAGGGUUUGGAUGGCAUUUGCCAGGGCCAGGGGAGAUCUGUUAAAAACCUACAGAGAUAUGAGCUGGGAAUACCUUCCGAUACCAUGUCCUGACUACAAGAGACUAAUUGUCCGCCGAUAAACUGCAGCAGCACGUCAGAAACAGAGGCCUCCUCCGAUGGAGCUCAGUGCGCUUUAAUCCAGCCACAGAUUCCCGACAGGCAGCGACGAGCUACGGCAAAGGGACGCUUUAUUCGCCAUUGAAGGAAUUUAUGGGAUCACAAGUUUCCUCUGAUGAGAUGAGUGUGCGUGCUGGCCAGGGCAGUGAUGAGGUGCUGGUUUCACAGGCGGUAUGGGAUUACCUGGCUGCAGCUGGGCGGCCCUGGCUCAUUGACUUCCAGCACAAGCAGGGGAUGAGCGCUGGUAUCAUUAGGCGAGGAGAGAGGGGGGGCUGCUGUGCCGUGCGGCUGCAGCCGGUGGAGGGCUCCAGGAGCGCCGGAGCCGGGGUGAUGGAUGGAUCCAUCUCCAGUGAGACGCGAAAGGCCUUCAUUGACUUAUGCCGUUGUGCCCGCAAAGAGAUGAGCAAACAGGAGGGGGGAUCCAAGAGGAAGAGGGCUCUGCUGCCCUGUGUGGGAGUCCUGGAGCCGAACGGAGAGGGGAGCCGGCUCCAGCCUCCACCUCCUCUGCCUCGGCGCUCGCAGAGGCAGCAGCAGAGGUUCAGGAAGCCUGCUGACGAGGAGGCCUGCGCCAUGCUCCAUGAGGCCGCCCAGAGGAAGGACAUGGACUCCAACCUGGCUUCCCAGAGCGAGGGAGAGGACAAUAAUACGUGCUCAAUCUGCAUGGGAGACAUAGUGGAGAAGACUACCUUGGAGAAAUGUGGCCAUUCCUUCUGUCGCUCUUGCCUGGACCAGGCCUUUAAGGUGAAGAAAGCGUGUCCUGUAUGUCGACUAGUGUAUGGCCAGCUGAUUGGGAACCAGCCUGCCAAUGGUUCAAUGAUUGUAGAAAGAGAUCCUGAUCUGGAGCUUCCUGGCCAUGAAGGCUAUGGAUGUAUCUGCAUCAUCUACAGCUUCUCUCCUGGCCUGCAGGCGCCAGAACAUCCCAACCCGGGGGUUCGGUACCCAGGAACAGACCGUGUGGCCUACCUCCCUGACAGCCCCGAGGGGAACCGAGUGCUGGGCCUGCUGCGCCGGGCCUUCGAACAGCGCCUUAUCUUUACCAUCGGUACCUCCAUGACAACGGGCAUGCAAAACGUCAUCACCUGGAAUGACAUUCACCACAAAACCUCAAUAUGGGGUGGGCCGCGCUGUUUUGGCUAUCCAGACCCCACUUACUUGGUGCGAGUGACAGAAGAGCUCAGAGAGAAAGGCAUCACGGCGGACUGACGGGCAUGAAAACGACCAAUUUUCUUCCAGGACUUUGUAGGACUUUCCGAGUGUCCUUGCAGUGGGCAUGACUCAGCUCCGGGUUGUGCUCUGAGACUGCCCGUCCCUUUUAAGAUGACUGAAGACAAAGACCUCAGCAGAUAGGCAUCUUAUGCUGCAGCAGAGCCCAUAUCACUCCAGUUGUUCCUCAGUUUUUUUUUUUAUUCCCAUUUUCCUCCAGAGUUAUUCCAGCGGUACACGUGGAAGACAAUGCUUUGAGUGCGGUGCAUUCUUCUAUCCUCUAACUGUCACUGGUGGCAAUAGGACUGAUAUCUGAUCCACUUAUUUAGAGCAUUGUGGCAUGUUGGAAUUCAUGGUACUCAUAUAUUAUUUAGGAAAUCUAGGUUUAAUGUUAUGAAGACAGUUUAUGUUCUAUCAGUGUUUGUUUCUAUUCUGGGGAGUCUUCUUUAUUUGUUACAAGCACACAUCCUUGGUUAUAUCCCCCCAGAAAGAUUUGAGUAAGACUCUGAUUUCAUUGUUACUAAUGACCUGUUUAAUGAGCAGUACUCGGUACAUAUGGCAGAAUAGCACUGCUUCUAUAAACAGAAUUCAUUUUCUGAAGUUAUUGCAAUCUAAAGCACUCACAGGCACUUUGGUAAGGGAGUCUGUUUUUUUUUUUUUGUUUUGUUUUGUUUUUUUUUCCAGUAAAGUAGGAGUGGUGUUUUUUUGUUUUUUGCUUCCUCUCUCUCUCUCUGUAAAGAGUGCCCGGGGCAAACAGGUUUGUGCAGCCAUCAGCUAUUAGCUCGCUGGCUUCAAGUUGAUGUCAAUCGCUUAGAACAUUUGUGCGUGAUCUCCACCACCUCGUCCUCUUUUUACUUAAAUAGAAUGAAUGUCAAACGAUGUCUCAUUGCAGCACUUUUUUUAAAGCAUACUUCCCACUGUUUUUUUUUUUUUCUCCCGUUGGUCACUCCUGUUAUAUCAAGAUGUCUCCCAGGAGUUAAGCCCAUUACCUCAAAUGUAAGUAAUGUGCUCCUCUGAUUACCAGAUUUAUGACGAUGUCAAAUAUGAAGGGCAUAUAGACCACUUAAACCAAAUCAAAGGCACAAAAGCUCUUUAAAUAUCUAUGCUUCUGUCCCUGUCAGACUGGGAGACCUGCCUGCUUAUGUUCUCAUUGAAAAUGAGUUGUAAAUUUGUGUAUUGAAAUAGGAAAACCACAAUAGACGGUUGGAAAAAAUAAAAUGUUGCAGGAACAAUUGACCUGAUUUAGGGUGGGAUAGUGAUCUCAUUUUGUUGUGCCUUUCUUAUAUUCACUUUUGAUAAAAAAAAAAUAAUAAUAAUAAUUAAGCAUGAUGUUUCCAAUGAAUGGUAAGAAGUUUGGGCUUAUUUUAGUGUUAUUUGAUAGUUCAACAGCAUUAUGUUUGUAGCUUCGCCACCUGGCUUUUAGUACAAAUCCCACACAAAUCAUAAAAAUAUGUUUUCUGAUGUGUUAAAUUUGCCUCUCCCCCAUGAACAUCCUCGUAGGACAAAUGCUGAAAACCCCAGAGAACCCACUGAUAAACCCUUAGGUGUGAAUGUGCUCGUCUAGUAACCGGUCUAAUCCACACAUCCAGUACUAUGUUUCCAUGCCCUUUGUAUUUUAGUUAAGGGACCAACUGAUAUAUUUUUGGGACACAGGAUUGUAGUUUACUAAAGCUACUGUGCAAACAUUUCUAUGCAUUACAUGGUUGAGGAGAAGCCAGGGGAACUGAUAGUGGGAGAGAGUACACAUGCUACAAAUUGAUUGUUAAGGAAAACUUUGAGUUUUGCUUUUCUAAUUGUGUUGAUUCGUACUUUGUUGAUAUUCAGAAAUGUGCUUUACAUUUUAAUACUUGAAUAAAAAGUUAUGUUUG